GAAUCUGUGUUUCCCUGUAUAUGUGCUCAGGUAUCGUGGCCUUCACUGCGGUUCUACAACCUCCAAGUGGGGACGGGUCUGAUGGCUUUCAAUCCAUGGGACCCUACAGCAGUGACACCACAAUCAUUUAUGGCAAUGUGAUCACCAAUAUUGGAGAUGCCUAUAAUUCAGCAACAGGGAUCUUCACUGCUCCAGUGAAAGGAGUCUACUUCUUUACCUUCACUACCUACAGUUGGGUGUCGAGUGCAGACAUCGGUGUCCAGCUGAUGAAGAACACUGAUGAAGUGGUGAUGGUUUGGGAAAAUCAGGACAGGGGUGAUAAUGAGGACUAUGCCUCCAACUCGGUGGUUCUGCAGCUGAAGGUUGGAGACAGGAUCUACAUGAGCCUCCCCAAAGGUUUCUACAUUGCAGCUAGCAGUUUGCACAAUCUUAACACCUUCACAGGUUAUCUGCUUGGUCAGAUGUGAGGGAGCCCUUUGAAAAUUGUGAUGAAGGGUUAACAAAUGGAAAGAUCAUAAUGUUUAAAAAAGUAGAAAUGUAACCAUAGAAUUUUAUUUAAAUAAAUGAGCAGCAUCUU